CGCAGGGUUUCCGCACUGUGCUUUUUCCUGGAUGCUACGAAAACAAUAUAAGGGAGGGUUGAAUCGUGUAACAGACCGCCCCAUAUAAACAAGUAACUGUUAUGUCUAUUGUGACUGUUCAACAGACAUAGGUAAACGAAAUCUGUCGUUUUACUACGACAGUUUUGAAAACUAGCUAGCUAGUCUUUGUAAUAGCCAAAUAAUCAAUUGAGAUGGAGCGGUGGAAAGGCAGAGUAGCUCUCGUGACUGGAGCCUCGGUCGGGAUUGGAGCGGCUGUUGCACGGGCACUUGUCCAGCACGGCAUGAAGGUUGUGGGAUGUGCCAGGAAUGUUGACAAGAUAGAGAAGCUGGCAGCAGAGUGCCAGAGUGCGGGCUACAACGGUACGCUGAUCCCCUAUAAGUGUGACCUGUCCUGUGAGGAGGACAUCCUGUCCAUGUUCUCUGCCAUCAAGACGCUGCACCAGGGGGUGGACGUGUGUAUCAACAAUGCAGGCCUGGCCCACAAUGAACCCCUGCUCAGUGGCAAGACAGACAGCUGGAGGAACAUGAUCGACGUGAAUGUCCUGGCCUUGUCUAUUUGUACACGUGAGGCCUACCAGUCAAUGAAAGAGCGGAAUGUGGACGAUGGCCACAUCAUCAAUAUUAACAGUAUGGGGGGACAUAGAAUGGUACCUAGUGCAGAUGAACAUUUCUACUGUGCCACAAAAUAUGCUGUGACUGCUCUAACCGAGGGGCUGCGGCAAGAGCUACGGGAAGCAAAGACCCACAUCAGAGCCACGUGUAUAUCCCCUGGAAUAGUGGAGACUGAGUUUGCCUUCCGGCACCACAACAGCGAUCCAGAGAAAGCAGCUGCUGUGUAUGAGAGUAUAAAAUGUUUGAAAGCACAAGACAUAGCCAGUGCAGUCACAUACAUUCUGGGCGCCCCGCCUCAUGUCCAGAUCGGAGAUGUGCAGAUGAGGCCGGUGGAACAGAUGUCAUAGCAACAGAGCAGGAAGUUAAGCAACUGGAGGAGCCGAUAGAGCCAGGCAGCAAGCACCAUUGUGACAACUCCUUAGCGACCUCUGCUGGGCAACGACAAAAACAAACAAACUAGUGUUCAACUGGAUUUGGACUGAAGGGAUCGGUUUGAGGAGGUGUGUAGGAGGCUGUGUGUGGUGGAGUGAUAUCUGGGCUGGAGAUUAGAGGAUGGGCAGGUACUCUUAACCACUACUGAAUUACUGUGAGUGCUGCUACAACAUGGGCUUUGGUGUAUUGCUCUAGCAGCCUUGUUUCAAAAUGAAGCCACAUCAAACUUAGGAGAAGAGAAGAGGGUUGCUGCUCCUGUGCGUCAUCUAUUCUACAUGACCAUCCUGACUGACUGACUGCCAGAAGGACCGACCGAGGGAGCUAGGGAGGGAGGGAGGGAGGGAAGAGUAUGCCAUCAAUUGCACAUGAACAUUUUUUUUUUGUAGGUCAUAUUACAUAUAUGUUUAAAAUAAUGGAACAAAACACUGCUAUUUGUAUUAUUUUUUAUAUAAAUAUUUUAACUUUGAUUAUUGGUACAUUUGGAUAAUAUGCUGUACCAUCUAACCAUAGACACUCAAUCCAUUUGUACUAUUUUGACGUGUUUUUAAUAACAAGCAGAUUUGGUUAGCCUGUUAUGUAUCAAGUACGUCCCGCUUGUACGUUUUUCAAACCCUAUGUCAACCAUCACCAAUCAGCAAAUGUGUAUAAGGGACAGUCAAGCAUGAUUAUGCAACCAUCACUUAUGACCAAGUGUAUUUCCCCACUCCAUAAAUCAACCAUAUGAGUGAGAUAGGCCUAGAUUCAAUCAGAUCAAUUGUUAAGCGGCAAUUGCCGAUAUGUGCAUAGCUGAUGUUUUGGCGGUGUUGGAGUUGUCAAAAUUGGUGAGCAGCUGCUCUUUAUCAUUUUUUAAAUUAUUAUUAUUUUUUAAUUUUACCUAUUUUUUCUCCCCAAUUUCAUAGUAUCCAAUCAUUUAGUAGCUACUAUCUUGUCUCAUCACUACAACUCCCGUACGGGCUCGGGAGAGACUGAGGUUGAAAGUCAUGCGUCCUCCGAUAGACAACCCAACCAAGCCGCACUACUUCUUAAAACCUCUUGAUACUACCCAUCCCGGGUCCGGGAGCGUUGUCAUCAACUGACACUAAUUAGCAUAACGCAACGGACAUAAAUAUUACUAGAAAAUAUUCCUAUUCAUGAAAUCACAAGCAAAAUAUAUUGAAGCACAGCUUAGCCUUUUGUUAAUCGCCCUGUCAUCUCAGAUUUUGAAAAUAUGCUUUACGGCCAAAGCAAGACAAGCAUUUGUGUACGUUUAUUGAUAGCCUAGCAUAGCAUUAUGCCUAGCUAGCAGCAAGCAACCUGGUCACGAUAAAUCGUUUACCUUUGAUGAGCUUCGGAUGUUUUCACUCACGAGACUCCAGUUAGAUAGCAAAUGUUCCUUUUUUCCAAAAAUAUUAUUUUUGUCAGCGAAAUAGCUCCGUUUGUUCUUCACGUUUGGCUGAGAAAUCGACCGGAAAUUGUGGUCACGACAUAUAUAUUCCAAAUGAGCUCCAUCAUAUCGACAGAAACAUGGCAAACGUUGUUUAUAAUCAAUCCACAAGGUGUUUUUCAAAUAUCUAUUCGAUAAUAUAUCAACUGGGACUGGUGGCUUAGUAGGAGAGAGAGAAACAAUGGCCGCAUUUGUCCUUUACGCACAAAACACUCUGAGAGACUUCAGCUGACCACUGACACAAUGUUGACGUUCAGGCUCAUUUUUCAAAAUAAAAAACGAUGUAUUGAAACUAGGUAUUGUGACGCUAGACAUAUUAGGGAAGCCAUAGAAAAGGGAAUCUGGUUGAUAUCCCUUUCACUGCUCAAUAGGAACGCAGAGGUUUCUAAAUAAGAGUCACUUCCUGAUUGGAUUUUUCUCAGGCUUUCGCCUGCAAUAUCAGUUCUGUUAUACUCACAGACAUUAUCUUUACAGUUUUGGAAACUUUAGAGUGUUUUCGAUCCUAAGCUGUCAAUUAUAUGCAUAUUCUAGCAUCUUGUCCUGACAAAAUAGCCCGUUUACUUUGGGGACGUUAUUUUUCCAAAAAUGAAAAUAGUGCCCCCUAGAUUCAAGAGGUUAACACAGCGCCAUUCAACCCGGAAGCUAGCCGCACCAAUGUGUCGGAGGAAACACCGUGCACCUGGCAACCUUGGUCAGCGCGCACUGCGCCCAGCCCGCCACAGGAGUCGCUGGUGCGUGAUGAGACAAGGAUUUCCCUACCGGCCAAACCCUCCCUAACCCGGACGACGCUAGGCCAAUUGUGCGUCGCCCCACGGACCUCCCAGGCACGGCCGGUUACGACCGAGCCUGGGCACGAACCCAGAGUCUCUGGUGGCGCUGCAGUACAGCGCCCUUAGCCACUGCGCCACCCGGGAGGCCUGCGCUUUAUCAUUGUCACGAAGCCACACCUGCCGGGAGAUGCUUGUGCAUUUGACAGCUCUAACACAGGUCCACCGCCGACAUUUACAAAACAUAAGUUUUGCAGAUGUCAGCUAAAGCGUAUUUGAUUGAAUAAGGCCCUUAAAUUGUUUUGCACCAUAGAGAUAGAUAGAGGACUCGUCUUUGUAUCUGUACCAUUAUGGCAUCUGUGACAGCACGGGCCACGCCACUGAUGCUUAGUAAAUUUUCUUCUUCACGAUUGGCUGAUCCCUCCUGAUGACCCGGUUGGACAUUACUCCAACAGGGUCACCAGGAGGAGUCAGCCAAUGAAGUUAGAAGUCCCACCCAUUUGACUACAUUAAAAUGGUGGAAGCCCUCAAUGGCGCUGCCCAUACUAAUAUGACCUUUUGGCCGCAAGAGGCCUUUGUCAUUCUCUAUGUUUUGACUUUGGAUCCAUUUGGAGGGAGGAGCAUAAAGAAAACACUGGCAUCUUGUCUCGAGGAAGUUACUAACUCAUGAGUGCACAUGUAUACUUUCCCCCAAGUGUGUACUUGUAUGAUACAGUAGAUAUUUCUCAAUAAAAUGAAAUAAGAAUUGUGAAAGGUG